AUGGACUUUUUAGUUUUUGUGUCAGGGUACAAUUUCAUUUUAGUACCUGUUACUGUUAUACACAUUUUUGUGUUUUUGGAAUACAAAAUCACAUACAGUGAGGGGCUUCUCAAGCGCCCGACAAGACCCAAAAGUUUGUCCAGGAUUUCCUUAUACAAAUUGGACGGAGUUUCUAUAAUUAGUAAUCAUGGACAAAGUUUUGUCCAGGCAAAAAGUGAAAUCCAAAGUUUUGUCCAGCGAUUACUAAUUUUGGAAACUCCGGCCAAUCCGUAUAAGAAAAUCCUGGACAAACUUUUGGGUCUUUGA